CGAAGCAGGCCUGGUCCAGCGCUCGUGAAACUCGUCUCGCACAGGAGAAAUACCUCGCGUUCAACGUCGAAACUUCCGGUCGAGUACGGUACACUACGCGUUUUCCUCCACUUUCGUCACGUUUCUUCCUUUUUACGUUUUUUUCUUCUUUCUUCGUUGAUGUGCGAUACUCGCGGGAUUGCGUUCGCGUUGUAGAAUAACGGGAAGCUGGCAGAGAAAGGGGGAGAAACGAAAAGAAAAGACAAGCGGGAGGAAAGUUUUUGACGAAACAAUGUUUCGCCCCGUGGGAGUGUGAGAUGCCGAGGAUCGGCUGAAAAUGCAGUGUUUCGCGUGCGAACACAAUACUCGUCCACGUGUGCCACGGAAACAACGAUUUUGCCCGCCGCGGUUCGCUUAGAUUCCUCUUUCGAACGUUCCUGGGCACGUUCGCUCGCUGAGAUCGACGACAAGUGCCGUCUGCCACGCAGUUGCUGAUUUUCGAUUUAACCAACAUGGGAACUAGAGCCGUCGCUGUGGGGGCGGCACCAGGAGCAGCGGGAGUAUCUGGCGAGGCAGGUUUAGCCGGCGUACCCAGACUUCUGGAGGACCUGGCUCGACUUUCCGAGGACAAAGACACAGCUGACAUUGUCUUUCUGCUAGGAAGGGACGAGACACCGGUGUACGCUCACAGAAUUAUCCUCCAAGCGAGAUGCAAGAACUUCACAGCCGCGAAGAGGAUCGGAACGCCUGGAAAUCCAACGUCAGUGCGUAUGCUACAUGCUCAUCCGGAGACCUUUCGACAAUUCAUUCACUAUAUAUACACAGGCAAGAUUAUGCUUCAGGACAGUGGCAUCUUCGAGAUGUUGGGACUUGCUCAAGAGCUAGGAGUCGAGGAACUAUGGAGAAGUUGCGAGGAACAUGUCUCCGCUACGCUUAGCCCAGGAAACGCGUGUGCUCUUUUGACUGCCGCUCUGGAUGCCCAGGAGCGAGUUCCCGGUGGUAAGGGAGCUUGUUCCUCCUUCAUCGAAAGAUGUUUCGCCUUCAUUGGGGAAAAUGCCGUAGACACAGUGAAAACAACGGCGUUUUGUACUCUUCCAAAGGAUGCACUGGUGAAACUUAUCUCUUCGGAUUAUCUAGGAUUGGAGGAAGAAGAUGUUUGGAGAGCAGUACUGAACUGGGCAAAAUAUCAGGCAGGGGUGACGCAGCCUACUCAACACUGGACAGAGGAGGAACGUGUGAGGGUUUGCCAACAUUUAUCAGGAGUGAUAAAUCACGUUCGCCUGCUGCUAAUCGACAGCCAGGUCUUUGCGGAGGAAGUAGAGCCAACAGGAGCAGUGCCUAUAGAGCUUUCCUUGGAGAGGUACGAAUUUUUCAAUCCCGAUCGAUCAAGUGGCUCAAAACCCAUAAGAUAUAGGUAUGCAGCCCUACCAAACAAGUACGCGGAAAUCUGUACAGAUAAGAGGUUACAACCAAGAGUAAGUCCAUUUCUAUUUCCUGGGUCGCAAAUUCUGUCGCGAGACAAGGUGGGUUUCCAGCGUCUCCUCAAUCAGUGGUAUGGAUCACCAAAGCAAAGUUGGCGUUUGGUAUAUCGUGCCUCCAACCAUGAUUACUCUGCAACAGCGUUCCACCGACAUUGUGACGGGGUUUGUCCAACAUACGUAAUUGCGUUGGGAACUCGAGGAGAAAUUUGUGGUGGCUUUAGCGACGCACCAUGGGGUAAAACGAAUGCUAAAGGGCACUACAUCUCUUCAGAAAAAGCUUUCUUAUUUACUCUGACCAAUAACCAAGAUGUUCCUCCAACGAAAUACGACAUAGUAAAGAAGCCUUUUGCAAUUUGUUAUCAUCCGGACAUCGGACCAAUUUUCGGAGCAGGAGCUGAUUUACUAAUUUCUAGUAACUGCAACGUGAACAAGGAAAGCUAUAGUAAUCUUCCCCAUAGCUACGAUGGAGAACACGCCUCUAACACCGUACUUAUGGGAGACUACCAUUUUUUUGUAGUAGAUUACGAAGUCUUCACCCUCAGCCACCCAGCUCCCAAAUCUACUCAUUAACGAUAUAAAUAUUUUUCAUUCCAUGAGCUUGUACAUAUAUGGUUGCAUACUUUUUUUUAAGAAUAAUAAAUUUAGGUAACACCGUUAGUAAGUUGUUCAAUUCAUAAAUGAGUAAAUUUUGAAUAUGAACAGGGUAUAAUUUUACGAAAAUAAAAAUGUAACUUUUUACGCUAUUCAAAAUAAAGAAUGAAUUAAACUUA